AUGAAGUUCCUCUCGUCCCUUUUGCUGCUCCUGGCGGGUGUCGACGCAAUCAAUACUCAUCCUGUGGCCGCGGAGCAGUUUACGCGUGAGCUGGAGGUAGCCAGUCCCAACCCGUCUGGGCUUGCGCUGCGUGAUCUCCAACAAAGAGCACCGAACUGCAGGCGCAUAGAUCAUUUCAUCUCCAGAAUCACAUCGGUCAAAGCCCAGAUUGCCUUCGUUACCUUCGGCCCCGAAGCCGCCAAGUACAUUUGUCGCGCCAUAACACAUGAUGACCCCUCGUGUGAUGACUGGGCUCAGGGAAUCAGAUACGCCCUUGGACUCAUCUUUGCAAUCUUUGGCAAAGACGGCGCAGAGCCAGCAGUUCGUCCUGAUAGCCCAGCUCGCAGAAUAGAUGCAAAGAGCUAUCUGAACAUUGCUACCAGUGCUUUAAAAGAAAGCAGCUUGCAAUUUGCCAGCAUCGAGGCGGACGAUAACUUGUCCGGCAUCGAGAAGCGGUCCUCGGAUGAGCCAGAUCUGGUCGAGAGAUUCCUUAUCCGCGGCUUGUACCAUGCUGAGCUAGGCAGCGAUGCGACGAAUAUCUGGGUCAACCAUUACAGUAAUGGCGACAACACCCUGCAAAUUGCUCCGGAGGAUGGUCAGCAGGACGGCAACUCUACUCUGACCAGGCGCUGGGAUAAGCCUGGCUUCAAGAUUGCUUACACCACGAGAAAGAAGUCGCCACUCAAUGAGCAGGACUCCCUGAAGAUGGCUAGACAUAUUAGUUUGAAAUGGCAGAGCAUGACUCUUGGAAAUGAUAUCUCGGAGUUCAUUGGGUUUGUGGAGACAGGCCACACGGCGAACUUCUAUUUCCGCAUUAUUCCUGAACACAACGGCUACGGGUUGAACUACGAGAGUGUCGAUGUCUGUGGCGGUAUGGCGGGGAUGUUAUAA